AUUCCUAUUUGAAUCUUCAGUACACUUCUAUUCCUUCAUGUAUGUAUGUAUGUGUGUGUGUAAAUAUUUCUUGAGCUGUAUAAAGUUUUGUUUCUGAAGAACUUUGAGAGGUGAUAAUUGAUUAUUUUUGUUCAAUCAAGUUCAUGUUGUGCAAAUCCAUGAUGAGUAUGAAGAAAAAACUACAUACUUUGUUGACUCUACUUCUUGUACUGGCUUCCCUUCUGGUUUAUGAAUCCGAGGGGCUUAAUACUGAGGGUCAAUACCUGUUAGAAAUAAAGAGAAGCCUUGUUGAUGUAUUUAACUACCUGGGAAAUUGGAAUUCCAGUGAUUCCACACCUUGUGGAUGGAGAGGAGUGCGUUGCGGCAAUGACUAUUAUUACGAUCCAGUCGUAGUAUCUCUCGAUUUGAGCUUAAUGAAUCUCACCGGUUCUUUGUCGCCGAUGCUCGGUGGAUUGGUUCACCUGACUCAUCUUAGUGUUUCCAACAAUGCAUUGUCUGGGAACAUACCUAAAGAGAUUGGAAGCUGUUCAUCUCUAGAUGUCCUUCUCCUUAACAACAAUAACUUUGAAGGUCAAAUCCCACAGGAAAUAGGCAAACUUUCUUACUUAACAGUCUUGAAUCUGUGCAACAACAAACUAUCUGGGCCUUUCCCUGAAGAAGUUGGGAAUCUUUCAUAUCUAACCGAGUUGAUUGCCUACACAAAUAAUCUUAGUGGACCUUUGCCAAGUUCAUUUGGGAAUCUUAAAAACUUGACAACUUUCAGGGCAGGUCAAAAUAAGAUAACAGGAAGCUUGCCUUCUGAGAUAGGUGGAUGUACUAGCUUGCAAUUACUUGGUCUUGCUCAAAACCAGUUGAAUGGAGAAAUACCAAGAGAGAUUGGAAUGCUCAGGAAUUUGACAGAUUUGAUCCUUUGGGAUAAUCUGCUUUCUGGGGUCAUUCCAAAAGAGCUUGGAAAUUGCACAAACUUGGGGACUCUUGCUCUUUACCAGAACAACCUUGUGGGGGAGAUUCCCAAGGAAAUUGGAAACCUUGUUUUUCUAAAGAAGUUGUACCUUUACAGAAAUGGGUUGAAUGGGACAGUGCCUAGAGAGAUUGGUAAUCUUUCAUUAGCGAAAGAGAUUGACUUUUCGGAGAACUUGUUGACUGGUGAGAUAUCAAUGGAGUUCAGUAAGAUUUCAGGAUUGAGAUUGCUUCAUCUUUUUGAGAACCAAUUUCAAGGCCCUAUUCCGAAAGAGCUCACAAGCUUGGAAAACUUGACACAGCUAGAUCUCUCUAUCAACUUCCUCACUGGCCCAAUUCCCGUUGGCUUCCAAUACUUGACCAAAUUGACCAUGCUGCAAGUGUUUCACAACUCACUCAGCGGCAUCAUUCCUAAAGCGCUCGGGCUGUAUAGCCCGCUUUGGGUGGUUGACUUGUCAGAAAACCAACUAAUGAGAAGGAUUCCCCGUCAUCUUUGCCGAUAUUCGAACCUGAUUUUUCUAAACUUGGGCUCAAACAGGCUCACUGGAAGCAUCCCACCUGAGAUCACAAGCUGCAAAUCCUUGGUGCAGCUUCGUCUAGUCGGAAACAACCUUACAGGGAAUUUUCCAUCCAAUCUGUGCAGAUUGGUGAAUCUCUCGGCGGUUGAGUUGGAUCAGAACAAGUUUAGUGGCUCCAUUCCUUCAGAAAUAGGCAACUGCAGAACCUUGCAAAGGCUUCAACUUGCAAACAACCGUUUCACUUUUGAGUUGCCAAGGGAAAUUGGAAAGCUUUCGCAGUUGGUGAUAUUUAAUGUCUCCUCGAAUUCUCUUUCGGGAAGGAUACCUCCCGAGAUUUUCAAUUGCAGCAUGCUUCAGCGGCUAGACCUUAGCCACAACAACUUUUCUGGUAGCCUGCCAAGCAAUAUUGGAACGCUUAAGCAUCUGGAGCUUCUCAAGCUUUCCGAUAACGACCUUUCUGGGGAAAUACCAGUCUCCACAGGAAGUCUCUUGCGUUUGACUGAGCUACAGAUGGGCGGCAACUCGUUUUCGGGCGGCAUACCAGCUCAGUUGGGCUCCCUUUCGAGCUUGCAGAUCGCGCUGAAUCUCAGUUACAACAAUCUCUCUGGGGAGAUUCCUCCAGAGCUUGGAAGGCUAGUUCUUUUGGAAUAUCUUCUGCUCAACAACAACCAUUUGAUUGGUCAAAUUCCAGGCUCUUUUGAGAAUCUGUCAAGUUUACUAGGCUGCAACUUCUCGUACAACGAGUUAACGGGGCCCUUACCGAAUCUACCGCUCUUUCAGAAUAUGGCUAUUAGCAGCUAUGUUGGGAACCAAGGACUCUGUGGUGGCCCACUCGGUGUCUGCAAAACACCUCCCUCUUCACUCUCUUUUCCUUCAGACGCGACAAAGAAGCAUACCCGUAUAGGUGAAAUUAUUGCUAUAGUUGCAGCGUCCGUCGGAGGGGUUUCUCUCAUUCUAAUUGGGAUCAUCAUCUAUGCCAUGAGCCGUCAGGUCGACAUUGUUGCUCCAUUGCAAGAAAGUAAGCCAUCAAAUUCUCCGGUUUCGGAUAUCUACUUCUCCCCGAAGGAAGGAUUCACUUUUCAAGACUUGGUAGAAGCCACUGACAAUUUUGAUAACAGAUUUGUGAUUGGAAGAGGAGCUUGGGGAACUGUUUACAAAGCAGUUUUGUUCAAUGACCGUACAAUUGCUGUCAAGAAGUUGGCAUCCAACGGGGAAGGAAACAAAGUGGAUAAUAGCUUCCAUGCUGAAAUCCUGACCUUGGGAAAAAUUCGGCACAGGAAUAUUGUGAAGCUAUACGGUUUCUGCUAUCACCAGGGUUCCAAUCUCCUGCUUUAUGAGUACAUGUCAAGAGGCAGCCUUGGGGAGUUGCUCCAUGGAGUUUCCUGCAGUCUUGAUUGGCGAACGAGGUUCUUGAUCGCCCUCGGAGCGGCUCAUGGCCUUGCUUACUUGCACCAUGACUGCAAACCUCGGAUUUUUCACCGCGAUAUAAAAUCCAACAACAUUCUCCUUGAUGAUAAAUUUGAAGCUCAUGUUGGGGAUUUUGGACUGGCAAAGGUGAUUGACAUGCCACAGCCUAAGUCCAUGUCUGCAGUUGCAGGUUCAUAUGGUUAUAUUGCUCCCGAAUAUGCAUACACUAUGAAGGUCACAGAAAAGUGCGACACAUAUAGCUAUGGAGUUGUUCUUUUGGAGCUACUAACAGGAAAAACACCAGUACAAGCAGUAGAACAAGGUGGUGAUCUUGCGACAUGGGUGAGAAACUAUGUCCAGAAACACAAUUUGUCGCCGGGAAUUAUCGAUUCUCGCGUAAAUCUAGAGGAAGAGAAUACCGUCUCUCACAUGCUCACCGUCCUCAAAAUCGCCCUGCUUUGCACAAGCACGUCUCCCUUAGAGCGUCCAACAAUGACAGAAGUUGUUCGGAUGCUUAUAGAGUCCAAUGAAAGGGAAGGACAUCUUGAUUUGUCCUCGGAUCAUGAUACCAGGUUAAAUGGAUGAACCCCUUUUCAUUGCAUAUAUUUCUAUUGUUUUUUGUCCACCAGUAAUGUAUGAGCUUUUAACGGUUCAUUCCUCCUUGUACAAUAUUAUAAUUUUUUUUUCCCUGUCUUAAGAUAAGGUUUAAGGUUUAAAAAUCAAUGUUUCAGCUCAAACACGACUCAAAUAGUA